AGUUCCUGUAAAUACAAACUCAAAUAUGUUUGAAACUCUUACCACUGAAGAGAAACCUUUCGCUUGUUAUUGCUGUCAAAAGACAUUUUCACAUACUUAUGAUAUGGAAAGACAUUUGAGGAUACACACUAAUGAAAAACCGUAUUCUUGUGGUUAUUGUGGAAAGGCAUUUUCUGUUAGUUCAAGUUUGAAAACGCAUUUGAGGAUACAUACUAAGGAAAAACCAUACUCUUGUGAUUAUUGUGGAAAGGCAUUUUCUCAGAGUCCCCAUUUGAAAAAGCAUUUAAGGAUACACACUAAUGAAAAACCGUAUUCUUGUGAUUAUUGUGGAAAGGCAUUUUCUGUUAGUUCAAGUUUGAAAAUGCAUUUGAGGAUACAUACCAAGGAAAAACCAUACUCUUGUGAUUAUUGUGGAAAGGCAUUUUCUCAGAGUCCCCAUUUGAAAAAGCAUUUGAGGAUACACACUAAUGAAAAACCAUUUUCUUGUGAUUAUUGUGAAGAGGCAUUUUCUGAUCAUACAAGUUUGAAAAGGCAUUUGAGGAUACACACUAAUGAAAACCCACUUUCUUGUGAUUAUUGUGAAAAGGCAUUUUCUAAAAGAUCCAACUUGAAAAGGCAUUUGAGGACACAUACGAAAGAAAAACCAUACUCUUGUGACUAUUGUGGAAAGGAAUUUUCUCAGAGUCCCCAUUUGAAAAGGCAUUUGAUGGUACACAGUGUCGAAAAACCGUACUCUUGUGAAUAUUGUAAACUGACAUUUUCUGGUAGUUCACAGUUGAAAAGACAUUUGAGGGUACACACUACUGAAAAGUCAUAUUGUUGUGAUUAUUGUGGAAGGGCAUUUUCUGAUCAUUCAAGUUUGAAAAGGCAUUUGAGGAUACACACUAAUGAAAACCCAAUUCCUUGUGAUUAUUGUGAAAAGGCAUUUUCUAAAAGAUCCAACUUGAAAAGGCAUUUGAGGAUACACACUAAUGAAAAACCGUACUCUUGUGAUUAUUGUAGCAAGUCAUUUUUUCAGAGUCACCAUUUGAAAAGUCAUUUGAGGAUACACACUAAUGAAAAACCAUACUCUUGUGAUUAGUGCGACAAGACCUUUUCUCUGAAUUCAAGUAUGAAAAGGCAUUUGAUGAGUACUGAUUACAGGGCUGCCAGUGGCGACUAAAAAAGCAACCAUUGCAACUAUUUUGAGAAGUUACAGACUAUGACGACUAUUUUGGCUUAAAUUAAGGCAAAAGUGACCAUUUUGUAAAAAAAAAACCUGCUACUAUUUUGCCUAAAAGUGAUUAAAAUGUAAAAUGGUUUUCUUAGUAACUCUGUUUUUAAUCUUAUUAUUUUUGUUUCAUUCUUUAUUUAUUUUUUUCGAUUUCUUACACACAAAAAAAAAAAAAAAAAAAAGAAAUUAUUUGUACUGGCAAAUUGUACAAACUCAGUGCUUAAUCUGUAGUAUUCCUUUUUUGUGAAAGAUAUAAUGAAAAUCAUUUCUUACGAGGCAAUACAGCAUUACCAUACAUUUGGAAUACCUGGUGCAAAGAAAAAAAAAAAAAAUCGUAACUCUCAAAUUAAAGUGGUCAAAUUCUAUAUUUAAUAUAUUUUUUCACUGUAAAAAAAUAUGUAUAUAAGAAGUGUUACAUCGAAAGAGCGUACAUGAGUAUAUGCAUCUAUUUUUUGAGUUAUUAAAAAUACAUGAAAUAUUUAACAGGGGUGAAGUUAUGUAAUGCAUGCAACAUUUUUCCCCCCUUCAAUUAAGGAAUGUGUUUCAGAUAAACUGUUUCUUUAACAUCUGGCAACCCAGCCAUUUUUCCCUGCUUGAUGCUUUCUGCUGCUGUAUCAUUCCGACAAUGUCAUUUAAUGAACAUAGAGCAAUCUGCCUCAUAUUACGGCAUUUCACUCUUUACUAAUAAUGAAGAGUCACAGGCAAUAUACCAAUAGCCCAG